UUCCCACUUGGAAAGAGGCUUUUCCUCCUUGGACAUCUGCUGGCGGAGCUUCCAGUAGCUAGAGAGAGCAGAGAGGGGUCCAGCCGCAGCUCCUGAAACUUCUCUUACUUUCCAGAGGGGGAGGCUUCAAACAGGCUGCUCUCAAGUUUGGUCCGUUCACUUUUGGGAGGACUUGAAUAGUCUGAUUGAUGCGCUGCUGAUCCUUUAGGACCAAACAUGAAGAUAGGGCUAUCACUGGCCACGGCUGCCUUCUUUGCAGCCCUGCUGUCCUCCAUAGAUGCUCAAGUGGAACCGCCGUCAGACUUGAAAUUUAAAAUUCUAAAUGAGAACACAGUGGAAAUGUCAUGGGCAAGGCCCUCAUCAAGGAUAGAGGGCUUCAGAAUACAAGUUGUAUCAGAUGCAGAUGAACCGACCAGAGAUUUUACCUUGGAUGCUUAUACCACUACCACCUCCAUCACUGAUCUGACCCCUGACCUGGACUAUUCAGUGUCCAUAAACUCUUAUGAUGGGUCUGAGGAGAGCAUCCCCAUCUUUGGACAACUGACUAUCCAGUCCGGUAACACCAGUGGACGAGUCAGGAGGCCACAGUCAGAUGCAAUGAAGUGUUCGGUCAGUGCAAUCGCAGACUUGGUUUUCUUGGUAGAUGGCUCAUGGAGUGUUGGCAGAGAAAAUUUUAAACACAUCCGUAGUUUUAUUGCCGCGCUGGCAGGGGCUUUUGACAUUGGAGAGGACAAAACUCGGGUGGCUGUGGUUCAGUACAGCACAGACACCCGCACAGAGUUCCCCCUCACCCGUUACACCAGGAGAGGAGACCUGCUCCAAGCCAUCAACUCGCUGCCGUACAAAGGAGGGAAUACUAUGACAGGUGAUGCCAUAGAUUACCUGCUGAAAAACAUCUUCACUGAGGCAGCUGGAUCCAGGAAAAGUUUUCCAAAGGUAGCCAUGAUCAUCACUGAUGGAAAAUCCCAAGACCCAGUGGAGGAGUAUGCUAAAAGACUUAGGAACAUUGGAGUGGAAAUAUUUGUUCUAGGUAUCAAAGGAGCAGAUGAGGACGAGCUCAGGGAAAUGGCCUCCACACCUCACAGCAAACAUGUGUAUAACGUGCCCAACUUUGAUCAGAUUCAAGAAGUACAGAAAAGUAUCAUUGGAGAAGUAUGCUCCGGUGUUGAUGAUCAGCUCAGCUCGUUGGUCAGCGGAGAAGAAAUGGUGGAGCCCGCCGCUAACCUGCAGGUCACCGAAAUUGCAUCUAAGUCAAUGAGGGUGACAUGGGAUGCAUCCUUGGGAGAGAUCACAGGCUACAAGCUCACCCUGGUUCCCAUGCUGCCUGGAAUGAAGCGCCAAGAGCUGUACAUUGGACCCAUGCAGACAUCCAUCAAUGUUCGUGACCUUUCCCCUGAGACUGAGUAUGAGAUCACCUUGUACGCCCUCAAAGGUCUGACUCCCAGUGAACCCAUCAUGGCAAUGGAGAAGACCCAACCUGUUAAGGUGUCAACAGAAUGCUCCCUGGGAGUGGAUGUGCAGGCUGAUGUGGUCCUCCUGGUUGAUGGCUCAUACAGUAUUGGAUUACAAAACUUUGCCAAAGUCCGUGCCUUCUUGGAGGUUCUGGUCAAUUCCUUUGACAUUGGACCCGGCAAGGUCCAGAUCAGUUUGGUCCAGUACAGUCGUGAUCCACACACUGAGUUUGCCCUCAACACCCACCAUGACAUUAGUGCUGUAGUCAAAGCUGUACGCACCUUCCCCUAUCGUGGUGGUUCCACAAAUACUGGCAAGGCCAUGACCUACGUCCGAGAGAAGAUCUUUAUCCAGGCUCGUGGAGCGAGACAGAAUGUCCCCCGUGUCAUGGUCCUGAUCACAGACGGAAAGUCAUCUGACUCUUUCAAGGAUGCAGCCACCAACUUGAGGAAUAUCGAUGUGGAGAUCUUUGCCGUUGGUGUGAAGGAUGCGGUGAGGUCAGAGCUGGAGGCCAUUGCUAAUCCACCAUCAGACACUCAUGUGUAUGAAGUGGAGGACUUUGAUGCCUUUCAGAGGAUCUCCAAGGAGCUGACUCAGUCCAUCUGUCUGAGGAUUGAACAGGAGCUGCUCAACAUCAAAAAGAGAAGUCUGCUUCCACCCACUGACUUGACAUUCUCAGAGAUCACCUCCCGAAGCUUCCGCUCGACCUGGAUAGCUCCUGCUGCCAGAGUCUUGUCUUACUUGGUCCGUUUCCGCAAGGCUGAAGAUAUCACUGGAGACUACAUUUCCCUCGCAGUGGCUGGUGACACCACUACAGCGGUUCUUCCCCACCUUUUCCCCCUCACCACCUACGAAGUCAACGUCUUCGCUCAGUACGAUAAAGGAGACAGUUUCCCUUUGACUGGGGAAGAGACCACUCUUGAAGAGCAAGGUACCGUACGAAACUUACGAGUGACAGAGGAGACAACAAACAGUUUUAGGGUGUCAUGGCAAGCAGCUCCAGGUGCGGUGAUCAGGUACCACCUGUCCUAUGUCCCGAAAAGUGGCACAGGAGAGAUACUGCAGGCCCAAACCAUCGGACCAGAGACAACCAUCGUUCUCCAGGAGCUUUUCCCCAUCACCACCUACCGUGUGUCUGUGUCUGCUGAGUAUGCAACUGGUGUAGGAGAUGAGAUGCAGGUGGAUGGUACUACCAAGGAAGUCCGUGGCUCUCCUCGUGACCUCCGUGUCUUUGAUGAGACCAUAUCUACAAUGAAACUGGCUUGGCAGGCUGCUCCCGGAAACGUCCUUCAGUACCGCAUUGCCUUCAAACCUGCCGAGGGAGGUGAAAGGAAGGAGAUAUCUGUCAAGGGAGAUACCACCCAGGCUCUGCUGAAGAACCUGCAACCAGCCACUGAAUAUGAGCUGUUUGUCAGCGCUCGCUAUUCUUCUGGUCUGGGUGAUCCUCUUCUGGGAACAGGAACCACCUUAGAGGAGCUCGGCUCACCCAGAGACUUAGUGACCAGAGACGUCACUGACACCAGUUUUGGCGUGUCUUGGGCCGCGGCUCCGGGUAACGUCCGUCAGUACCGCAUCCUGUGGAAGUCUCUGUUCAGCGAGGAGUCUGGGGAAAAGACAGUUCCAGGAGGCACCACCGCCACAGUUCUGGACGGGCUCACCCCAGAGACACGCUAUCAGGUGUCUGUGUAUGCCAUCUAUGGCCAUGGAGAGGGUCAGCCACUGGUUGGAGAGGAAACCACAGAUAUCUCGGCUGCUGGCAGAACGAUUGUUGUCUCAGAGGAGACGGAGAGGAGCAUGAAGGUGGCAUGGCAGCCUGCACCUGGAAAUGUCGUCAACUACCGCGUUACUUACAAACCCAAGGUUGGAGGGCGCCAGCUAGCAGCCAAAGUCCCCGGUGGGACUACCUUCACUGUGCUGAGGCGCCUAACACCCCUCACUACCUAUGAUAUCACUGUUCUGCCUGUCUACCGUUCUGGAGAAGGCAAAGCGAGGCAAGGAGAAGGAACAACACUGUCACCGUACAAAGGUCCAAGAAACCUCCAGACUUCAGAGCCUACCAGGACCAGUUUCCGUGUCACCUGGGAUCACGCUCCCGGUGAUGUUAAGGGCUACAAAGUCACUUUCCACCCUGUUGAUGAUGACAUCAACCUGGGAGAACUUAUGGUCGGUCCCUAUGACAACACCGUGGUGCUGGAGGAGCUCAGAGCUAAUACCAAAUACACAGUGAGUGUGUUUGGUAUGUUUGAAGGAGGAGAGAGUGUGCCAUUGGCUGGAGAGGAGAACACCACUAUGAAAGAUGAACCUGACCUUCCACUUAUUGAGGCACCAAAUGUCAUGUGUAAGACCAAUGCACAGGCUGACAUUGUGCUGCUGGUGGACGGCUCCUGGAGUAUUGGACGUCUGAACUUCAAGACUAUCCGUGCCUUCAUCGCCCGUAUGGUGGGAGUCUUCGAAAUUGGCCCUGAGCGGGUCCAGAUUGGUCUUGCUCAGUACAGUGGAGACCCAAAGACUGAAUGGCACUUGGAUGCUCACAACACCAGAGAGUCUCUCCUGGAAGCUGUGGCUAACCUGCCCUACAAAGGAGGAAACACCUUGACAGGUCUGGCUUUGAACUACCUCCUCCAGAACAACUUCAAAGAAAAUGUCGGGAUGCGCCCCAACGCCAGAAAGAUCGGUGUUUUGAUCACUGACGGCAAAUCCCAGGACGAUGUCAUUGUCAACUCUCAGAACUUGCGCGAUCAGGGCAUUGAGCUGUAUGCCAUCGGUGUGAAGAACGCAGAUGAGAAUGAGUUGAGGUCCAUUGCCACUGAUCCGGAUGAUAUUCACAUGUACAAUGUGGCUGAUUUCUCCUUCUUGCUGGACAUUGUGGACAGAGUUAGUGACAACCUCUGCAACAGUGUCAAGGGACCAGGAGGUGCUCCAGAUGCACCCACUGAUCUGGUGACAUCAGAGGUGACUCACCAGUCCUUCAGAGCCACCUGGACCGCCCCCGAUGGCCCAGUGGAAAAGUACCGUGUGGAGUACAUGACCGUAUCAGGACGCCCACAACAGGUGUUUGUUGAUGGUACUGAGACAACAGUGGUUCUCCAGCGCCUCAACCCUCUGACAGAGUACCUGGUUAACGUCUACUCCGUGGUGGGAGAGGAGAGCAGCGAGCCCCUAAAAGGAGUUGAGACCACACUGCCUCUGAGUGCCGUGAGGAGGAUGACCAUUUACGAUGAGCAGAUCUCCACCAUGCGAGUGAGGUGGGAGCAGGCAGCAGGAGCCACCGGCUACAUGCUGCUCUACAGCGCCAUCAAUGCCACCCAGCCCACCGUCGAGCAGGAGAUUAGAGUGGGAGGAGAUACAACUGAUGUCCAGCUGGUGAAGUUGCUUCCCAACACGGCCUACACACUUUCCCUUUUCGCUCUCCAUGGAGAAUCAGCUAGUGAACCACUGACCGACCAGGGAGUCACCCUGCCCAUGCCUCCUGCGGGUGAACUCAGGGUUCGGGAUGUUACCCACAGCACCAUGUGGCUUAACUGGGAUGCUGCUCCUGGUCUUGUUCGCAAGUACAUCAUCACCUACAAGCCUGAAGAUGGAGAGGCUAAAGAGCUGGAAGUGGGUGGAGGUGUGACCACCAAGCAGUUGGAUAACCUGAUCUCACAGACCGAGUAUGGUUUGGCUGUUACUCCAAUCUACGAUGAGGGACCUGGACAGCCAAUGUUGGGGGAUGCAAUCACAGAUGUGGUUCCAGCACCAAAGAACCUGCGCUUCUCCGAAGUGACUCAGACCAGCUUCAGAGCUACCUGGGAGCACGGAGCCCCUGAUGUGGCUCUGUACCGCAUUGGCUGGACUAAGAAGGGAGAGUUCAACUUCCAAUACGCCAUUCUGAACAAUGAUGAGUUAAGCCACGUCCUGGAGAACUUGGAGGUAGACACGCCCUACGAUGUGUCUGUGACUGCAAUCUACCCAGAUGAAUCAGAAAGCGAGGAUCUGCUGGGAACCGAGAGGACAUUGUCCAGGACAGUCGGUCCCCUACCACCCAAUGCACCUCCCACCAACUUAGUUGUGUUCAACGAAACCACCACCAGCCUGAACGCCAGGUGGAACCCACCUCUGGGCCGAGUCCAGAACUACAGGAUCACUUACGUCCCCACAGCUGGAGGCAGGAGUCAGACUACCCAAGUUGGAGGAAAGAAGAAUACUGUCCUUCUUCCCAAGCUGACGCCUGACACUGAGUACUCCAUCAGCGUGGUGGCGGUCUACGCCAAAGGAGUCAGCAAGGACCUGAACGGCAUUGGAAAGACCAAGCCUUUGGGGGGUGUUAGGAACCUGCGUGUAACUGACCCCAGCACCAGCACCCUGAACGUCCAGUGGGAGGCUGCUGAGGGUAACGUUCGUCAGUAUAGGAUCUUCUAUGUCCCUGCAGCUGGAGGAGAAGAAGAGAUGGUGCAGGUAUCAGGCAGCACCUACAACACUGUGCUGAAGAACCUGCAGUCUGAUACCGUCUACACCGUAACUGUGGUUCCUGUUUAUUCUGCUGGAGAGGGACAGCGCCUGUCUGAGAACGGCAAAACCCUUGAGCGCAGCCCUGUUAGGAACAUCCAAGUUUUCAACCCCACUACCAACACUUUGAACGUUCGCUGGGAGGCAGCUACCGGCCCAGUCCAGCAGUACCGGGUGGUCUACGCUCCAGCGACUGGAGCCAGGCCUUCUGAGUCGGUUUUGGUACCAGGAGGCACCACCACGACCAUACUGCAGCAGCUGCUCCCAAACACUGACUACAAUGUUGGAGUUGUUGCCUUGUACAGCGACGGAGAAGGACCUGCUAUCAGUAACGCUGGAAAGACAUUGCCUCGCAGUGGUCCAAGGAACAUGCGUGUAUAUGACCCCACCACCAGCACUCUCUCUGUUAGCUGGGAACAUGCAGAAGGUCCUGUCAUGCAAUAUCGCAUCACCUAUGCACAGACUACAGGAGACCCUAUUGAGGAAUAUACUACAGUACCAGGAAACAGGAACAAUGUGGUCCUUCAGAACCUGGACCCAGACACCCCUUACAACAUCAAAGUGACUGCCAUCUAUUCCGACGGACCGGGAGGAGAGCUGGAGGGAGAUGGACGCACAGUGGGUAUGCUCGGCCCCAGGAACCUCCGAGUCUCUGAUGAGUGGUACACCCGCUUCAGGGUGUCCUGGGACCCGGCCCCCUCCAGGGUUACCGGAUACAAGCUUAUCUACCAGCCUGAAGGCUCUGAUGACUCCAUGGAGGUGUUUGUUGGAGACGUGACCUCCCACCAGCUGCAUAACCUGCAACCUGGAACCACCUAUGACCUGAAGGUGCUGGCACAGUACAGCACAGGGCUCAGUGGACCUCUGAUUGGUCAAGGCACCACAUUGUACCUGAAUGUGACAGAUCUGACCACAUACAAUGUCGGCUUUGACUCUUUCUGCAUCCGAUGGGCUCCUCACAGAGCAGCCACUUCCUACAGAGUCAAAGUCAAUCCUUUUGACCCCUCCAAGCGUGGAGCUAAGGAAAUCACUGUCAGAGGCUCAGAUAGCAGUUACUGCUUUGAUGGCUUGAGCCCUGACACUCUUUACAAUGCCACUGUGUACACCCAGACCCCCAACAUGGAGGGACCUGGAGUCAGCGUCAAGGAGAGGACAUUGGUCAUGCCCACUGAGACGCCCACCGAGCCUCCUCCUCCUCCUCCUCCAGUGACAGUCCCCCCUGCUCUUGAUGUGUGCAAAGGUGCCAAGGCAGACCUGGUCUUCCUCAUCGAUGGCUCGUGGAGUAUUGGAGACGAGAGCUUCAACAAAGUCAUCCAGUUUGUUACAAGCAUGACUGCUGCCUUUGAUGUCAUCAGCCCCAAGGGCAUGCAGGUGUCAUUUGUGCAGUACAGCGAUGAUGCCAAGACUGAGUUCAAGCUGAACACCUACCAUGACAAAGGCGUCGUGUUAUCAGCUUUGCAGACUGUCCGCUACAGAGGAGGCAACACCAAGACAGGCGUUAGUCUGAAGCACGUCUAUGAGAAGGUGUUCACCUCCGACAGCGGCAUGAGGAGGAAUGUCCCCAAGGUGCUGGUGGUUGUGACAGACGGACGCUCCCAGGAUGAUGUCAAGAAGAGCGCAGAAAAACUGCAGCAUUCUGGCUACAGUGUGUUUGUGGUUGGGGUGGCUGACGUGGACAUGGCAGAGUUGAGAGUCAUCGGCAGCAAGCCCAGUGAGAGACAUGUGUUUGUGGUGGACGACUACGACGCUUUUGCCAAAAUCCAGGACAACCUGAUCACCUUCAUCUGUGAAACGGCCACUUCCACUUGCCCUCUGAUCUACAUCAAUGGAUUCACCACGCCUGGCUUCAGAAUGCUGGAGGCUUUCAACAUCACAGACCGGACAUUCGGUGCCAUGAAUGGUGUGUCUAUGGAGCCAGGCUCCUUCAACAGCUACAUCGCCUACAGACUGCACAAGGAUGCCUUCCUGAACCAGCCCACCAAGGAGAUCCAUCCGGAAGGUCUUCCCCCAUCUUACACCAUCAUCCUGCUCUUCCGCCUCCUGCCCGAUACACCCUCUGAACCUUUUGAUAUCUGGCAGAUUGCUGACAAAAACAACAACCCCGAAGUCGGGGUCACUGUCAACCCUUCCAGCAAAACAAUCACGUUCUACAACAAGGACACCCGAGGAGAGAUCCAGAGAGCCGUGUUUAAUGAGGAGCAAGUGAAGCGGGUUUUCCAUGGCAGCUUCCAUAAGGUCCACAUUAGCAUCUCUCCAGAGAAAGUCAAGCUCAACGUGGACUGCCAAGAGGUGGCAGAGAAGCCCAUCAAGGAGGCCAACAACAUCACACUGGAAGGCUACGAAGUGCUUGGCAAGAUGGUCAAGUCUGGAGGCGGAAAGAGGCAGUCUGCUACAUUCCAGCUCCAGAUGUUCGAUAUUAUCUGCAGCUUGAGUUGGAUCAGCCGAGACAAAUGCUGCGACCUGCCCGCCACAAGAGAUGAGGCCAAGUGUCCAUCCCUUCCCCACUCUUGCACAUGCACACAGGACAGCAUCGGCCCCCAGGGGCCUCCUGGACCUUCGGGCAGCCCAGGUACUAAAGGACCUCGAGGAGAUAGAGGAGAACCGGGCAAUGCUGGUGCAAUGGGUCCACGUGGUGAGCCAGGACUUCCAGGCUCAAUGGGACCACCAGGUCCACAAGGCCCUAACGGACUCUCUCUACCUGGAGAACCUGGUCGCCCAGGACCAAAGGGAGAUGCUGGAGACCCAGGCCUUGCUGGGCUGCAAGGUCCUCCUGGGCCACGCGGUCCUCUGGGCCCCGUUGGACCAAGUGGAGCGCGGGGGCCACCAGGAAAGGAGGGAUCAUCUGGACCCAGAGGUCCACCGGGGCCCAUGGGAAGCCCUGGAAAUCCAGGUGUACCAGGAAUUACUGGAAAACCAGGGAAACCCGGAGAGCCAGGAAACCCAGGACCAGUUGGCCUUAAAGGAGAGAAAGGAGAGAGGGGAGACUUUGCAUCCCAGAACAUGAUGCGCUCCAUUGCCAGACAAGUUUGUGAACAGCUUGUGAACAGCCAGAUGAGCAGAAUUGACAUGCUGCUCAACCAGAUUCCCUCUGGAUAUCGCAGCAACACUCCAGGGCCGCCCGGUCCUCCUGGCCCCCCUGGCAACCAGGGAACCCGUGGAGAGCCUGGACAACCUGGCCGAACUGGUUUCCCUGGAAACCCAGGUUUACCUGGAAAUCAAGGAGAAAGAGGUUUGCCAGGAGAGAAGGGAGAGAGAGGAUCUCAAGGAACUGGUAUCAGAGGGCAGAGAGGAGCGAACGGACCACCAGGGCCACCGGGAGAGUCAAGAACGGGACCCCCAGGUCCUUCUGGCUCCGCUGGGCCUCGUGGCCCUCCAGGUCGUCAAGGUACUCCAGGGGUGAGAGGACCACCAGGACCCCCUGGAUACUGCGACUCCUCUCAGUGUGUUGGCAUUCCUUACAAUGGACAAGGAUACACAGCCAACCGCUACCCGCCUGAACCUGAGGUAGUGGCUAUACCUGUGGAGCCAGCUGAAGAGUUUGAGACAAUACAGUCACCCGGUUACUCACGAAACCAACGAGGAAAGAGAUCACUACCACAGGACAAUACAGAAAGACUAGCAUCAUAGCUAUGAUAAAGAGUUCUCAGAAAGUGUACUAUUGAAAUGACUUCCAUGAUCACUUAGGUGAGGAUGAAGAGAUAUUCAGAACAAACUAGAUCUAGUACUUAUAUGGGUUUGAUACCCCUGGCUAUAUUGAACAUAUAUUAUUUUUCUGACAUGAGAAAUUUUAGCAAGAUGAAUACAAACCUACAUGUUACAAACCUGUGUGCUUGCUAAGUGUUUUCCUUAAGUGUCUGCUUGUAAUAUAACUGCAAGUGUUUAUCGGACUCCAACGUGUAAUGCACUAAUCAUGUGAAAACCAGCAGAAAGUAUGUCCAAAGAAGUACAGUCUGUAUGUUUUUGAACACUUUCCCAUGUUGUUUUUGUCAAAUGUCAGUAUGUAAAGCUGUUUCAGAUACUCCAUUGGUUUUAAAAGAACUCAGACAAUUUAUUUUAUCCCCAAAGAUUUGUUCAUUGUGAUUUUUUUUCUUGUAUGGCCUGUAAACUCAAUGAUAAUUUGACUCAUUGUAGCACAAACCAAAUUUUUUCAAAUUUUGUUUUGUUAUCAAAGGUGGAAUUGCAUGAUUGUGUUGUAUAUUUACUGAGGAUUUCUAAGUCAGAAUAUAGUUGUUGUUUUCUAUCAAUGCAGUUUAGAUUUGAUUGCAAGACUAUGGACAUAGGAUUGCUUUUCUCAUGUUUUAACUGCACAUUUUGUGAAUUCCACACAGCCUUAUUUUCUUAUUUAUUUCUGAAACAGAAGAGGCAUUUUUCAAUAAAACUACUGAAAAUGUA